AUGACUCACAGAGUCCUUCUCCUAACAGCCUUGGCCUUAUGUCACGGGUUCAACCUGGACACGGAAAAAGCAGUCAUCUUCCAAAACAACGCAAGUGGCUUCGGGCAGAGCGUGGUCCAGAUUGAGGGAUCUCGGCUGGUGGUUGGAGCCCCCCAGGAGAUAAAGGCUGCUGACCAGACAGGCGGUCUCUACCAGUGCGACUACAGCGAGGGCAGGUGUGAGCCCCUCCCCCUGCGGGUCCCCCCGGAGGCUGUGAACAUGUCCCUGGGCCUAUCUCUGGCAUUCGCCACCAAACCUUUCCGGCUGCUGGCCUGUGGCCCCACAGUGCACCAAAUAUGCAAGGAGAACACCUAUGUGAACGGCUUCUGCUUCUUGUUUGGAUCCAACCUACGGCAGCAGCCCAGCAGGCUCCCAGAGGCCCUCAGAGAGUGCCCUCAGCAAGACAGUGACAUUGCUUUUUUGAUUGAUGGCUCUGGUAGCAUCAACCCAACAGACUUUCAGAAGAUGAAGAACUUUGUCUCAACUGUGAUGAGUCAAUUUCAAAAGUCCAAAACCUUGUUCUCUUUGAUGCAGUACUCUGAAGAAUUUCAGACUCAUUUCACCUUCAACGAUUUCAAGAGAAACCCUUCCCCGGAAUUUCUGGUGAGGCCAAUAGUACAGCUGCUCGGGAGGACACACACAGCCACAGGGAUCCGCAAAGUUGUAAGAGAACUGUUUCACAGAAACAGUGGAGCCCGGGAGAAUGCCCUGAAGAUCCUGGUUGUCAUCACAGAUGGGGAAAAGUAUGGCGAUACUUUGGAGUACAGGGAUGUCAUCCCUGAAGCGGAUAGAAAGGGGGUCAUUCGCUACGUCAUUGGGGUGGGAGAUGCCUUCAGGAGUCUCAGAUCUCGAAAAGAGCUUGAUACCAUUGCAUCCAAACCUCCUCAUGAUCACGUGUUCCAGGUGAAUAACUUUGAAGCUCUGAAGACCAUUCAGAACCAGCUUCAGGAAAAGAUCUUUGCGAUUGAGGGUACGCAGACAGGAAGUACCAGUUCCUUUGAGUAUGAGAUGUCUCAGGAAGGCUUCAGUGCUACCUUCACCCCCAAUGGUCCCUUGCUGGGUGCUGUGGGGAGCUUUGACUGGGCUGGUGGAGCCUUUCUGUAUACAUCAAAGAAUACAGUCACCUUCAUCAACACAACCAGGGUAGAUACAGACAUGAAUGAUGCUUACUUGGGUUAUGCUGCUGAAGUCAUCUUGCGAAACCGGGUGCAAAACCUGCUUCUGGGGGCGCCUCGAUAUCAGCAUGUUGGCCUGGUGGUGAUGUUCAAACAGAACGCACGUGCUUGGGAGAAAAACACUGAAAUCAAGGGCAGCCAGAUCGGCUCCUACUUCGGGGCCUCCCUCUGCUCUGUGGACGUGGACAGAGAUGGCAGCUCCGACCUGGUCCUCAUCGGAGCCCCCCAUUACUACGAGCAGACCCGGGGGGGCCAGGUGUCCGUGUGCCCCUUACCCCGGGGGAGGGCUAAGUGGCAGUGUGGUGCUGUCCUGAGAGGGGAGCAAGGCCACCUCUGGAGCCGCUUUGGAGCAGCUCUGACGGUGAUGGGGGAUGUGAAUGGGGACAGGCUGACGGAUGUGGCCAUCGGGGCCCCUGGAGAGCAGGAGAACCGGGGUGCUGUGUACCUGUUUCACGGAACCUUGGGACUGGGCAUCAGCCCCUCCCACAGCCAGAGGAUCACAGGCUCCCAGUUCUCCCCCAGGCUCCAGUAUUUUGGGCAGUCACUGAGCGGGGGCCAGGACCUCACAAUGGAUGGACUGGUAGACCUGGCUGUAGGGGCUCAGGGGCACGCGCUGCUGCUCAGGUCCCAGCCUGUGCUGAAAGUUGAGGCAACCAUGGAGUUCACACCCAGGGAAGUAGCAAGGAAUGUGUAUGAAUGUCGUGAGCGGGUGGUGAAAGGCCAGAUUGCUGGGGUGGUCAGAGUCUGCCUCCAUGUCCGCAAGAACACACGGGACAGGCUGGGAGAAGGAGACACCCAGAGCAUCAUCACAUAUGACCUGGCUCUGGACCCAGGUCGCCCACUUUCCCAGGCCGUCUUUGAUGAGACAAGGAACAAAACUCGCAGACGUGUAGAGACAUUUGGGCUGAGUCAGAAAUGUGAGAAUCUCACGCUCCGGUUACUGGAUUGUGUAGAGGACUCAGUGACCCCCAUUGCCCUGCGCCUCAACUUCUCUCUGGUGGGGAAGCCCUCAUCCUCCUUCGGGAACCUCCAGCCAGUGCUGGCGGUAGAUGCUCUGAGACUCUUCACAGCCUCGUUUCCCUUUGAGAAGAACUGUGGCAAUGACAGCAUUUGCCAGGAUGACCUCAGCAUCACCUUCAGUUUUAUGAGCCUGGACACCCUGGUGGUGGGUGGUUCCCGAGACUUAAACGUGAGGCUGACUGUGAGAAACCAGGGCGAGGACUCCUACAGAACUCUGGUCACCUUCUUCUAUCCACCAGGCUUGUCCUAUCGGAGGGUGUCAGGCGCCAAGAACCAGCGCUCACAGCGGUCCUGGCGCCUGGCCUGUGGGUCUGACGUCUCCACGGAAGGGUCUGGGACCUUGAAAAGCACCAGCUGCCACAUAAACCACCCCAUCUUCCCAGACAACUCAGAGAUCACCUUUAAUAUCACAUUUGAUGUGAACCCUGAUGCAUCCUUUGGAAAUAAACUGCUUCUCAAGGCCAAUGUGACCAGUGAGAACAACAUACCCGGGAACAACAAAACCGAGUUCCAGCUGCAGCUGCCUGUGAAAUACGCUGUCUACGUGGUGGUCACCAGCCUUGAGGUCUCGACCAAAUAUUUCAACUUCACAGCCUCAGAGAAGACCGGACGCAUUAUAGAGCAUCAGUAUCAGUUCAACAACCUGGGCGGGAGGAAGCUCCCCAUCAAUGUGGUCUUCUGGGUCCCCAUCAAGCUGAACCAGGUGACCGUGUGGGACCAGCUCCAGUUCAACUUCUCCCAGAACCUCUCCAGAGGAUGCCGCCACACCGAAGAGAGGCCCCCUCAUCACUCUGACUUCCUGGCGGAGCUUGAGAAGACGCCAGUGCUGAACUGCUCCAUCGCUGUCUGCCAGAGAAUCCAGUGUGACAUCCCAUCCUUUGGUAUCCAGGAAGAAUUCAAGGUCACCCUCAAGGGCAACCUCUCAUUUGACUGGUACAUCAAGACUUCGCAUAACCACCUUCAGGUUGUGAGCGCAGCGGAGAUCUUGUUUGAUGACUCAAAGUUUGUGCUGCUUCCCGGACAGGGCGCGUUUGUGAGGGCCCAGACAGAGACCAAGGUGGAGUUGUACGAAGUGCAUAACCCUCUCCCGCUGAUUGUGGGCAGCUCGGUGGGGGGCCUGGUGCUCCUGGCCCUUAUCACGGCCGGCCUGUACAAGCUCGGCUUCUUCAAACGACAGUACAAGGACAUGAUAACUGAAGCUGGGCCUGCAGCUGCCGCCCCCCAGUAACAGCUCCUUCCCCUCUGGGUGGCCUCCCCGGCAGCAAACAG